CUCCCCUUCCCGCGGCGGGCCGGCGGCCGCAGCAGACACCGCGCUGCCGUGAGGAUGCCGCAGCUGCCGGGGGCAGGGGGCGGUGGGGGGGACCCGGAGCUCUGCGCCACCGACGAGAUGAUCCCCUUCAAGGACGAGGGGGACCCCCAGAAGGAGAAGAUCUUCGCUGAGAUCAGCCACCCGGAGGAAGAGGGCGACCUGGCCGACAUCAAGUCCUCCCUCGUCAACGAGUCCGAGAUCGCUCCCGGCGCCAACGGGCACGAGGUUUCCAGGCAGAAUCAAGCGCCAGAUUCCUACCAUGAUAAAGGCAGAGAGCACCCCGAGGAAGGAAAGCAUCCAGACAGUGGCUUAUACAGCAAGGGACCAUCAUACUCUGGUUAUUCUGGGUAUAUCAUGAUGCCAAAUAUGAAUAAUGACCCGUACAUGCCUAAUGGAUCUCUGUCGCCACCCAUCCCCAGAACAUCAAACAAGGUGCCAGUGGUACAGCCUUCUCAUGCGGUUCACCCUCUCACCCCUCUUAUCACCUACAGCGAUGAGCACUUUUCCCCAGGGUCGCACCCAUCUCACAUCCCCUCUGACGUCAACUCCAAACAAGGCAUGUCCAGGCAUCCUCCAGCUCCUGAUCUCCCUACCUUCUAUCCCUUGUCUCCAGGGGGGGUUGGACAGAUAACACCACCUCUUGGCUGGCAAGGUCAGCCUGUAUAUCCUAUCUCGAGUGGAUUCAGGCAGCCCUAUCCAUCCUCACUUUCAGUCGACCCUUCCGUGUCCAGGUUUUCACAUCACAUGAUUCCUGGUCCUCCAGGCCCUCACACAACUGGAAUCCCUCACCCAGCUAUUGUAACACCUCAAGUAAAACAAGAACAUCUGCACAACGACAGUGAGCUAAUGCAUGUGAAGCCUCAGCACGAACAGAGAAAAGAACAAGAGCCAAAAAGACCUCAUAUUAAGAAACCUCUGAAUGCUUUCAUGUUGUACAUGAAAGAAAUGAGAGCGAACGUUGUAGCAGAGUGUACUCUGAAAGAAAGCGCAGCUAUCAACCAGAUUCUUGGCAGAAGGUGGCAUGCUCUCUCCCGUGAAGAACAAGCGAAAUAUUAUGAACUAGCUCGUAAAGAAAGGCAGCUACACAUGCAGCUUUAUCCAGGCUGGUCUGCAAGAGACAACUAUGGAAAGAAAAAGAAGAGGAAGAGAGAAAAGUUGCAGGAAUCAGCAUCAGGUACAGGCCCCAGAAUGACAGCUGCCUACAUCUGAAGCAUGGUGGGAAAAGAAAUGCUUUCUCAACUUGCAAAGCAAAGGCGGCGACACCAGGACCCCUUCUGGAGAUGGAAGCUUGUUAAACCCUCGGUGUGUCCUUCAUCCACACAGACCACCCCCAAGGAGUCUGUCUAGGAUGUCAUUCACCCUGAUGUCACUGCUAGAGACACUGAAUCAUAAAGACAAUCACUGCCAAAAUCCUUCACUAUCACGAGGUCCAGCCCUGAUAUAAAUAGAGCAAAUGAGCUCCUGGGUCAGCAGAGCAGCUUUUGUCUUCACUCCACUUCUGCCUUGCACUCUUAAGCCCCAUCUCAUCUGUGUCCAUAUCACGUCAGCAAACAAAGUAGCAUGGCUGUCUCUACCUGCUUCAGCCAACAGAGUAACAUAGACCACAGCUGCCCCAUACAGCACAUCGGGGAAUGGAAUUUGCCUGGACCAGGAUGACACACUCAACCUUCUUUUUAUUUAAUGGUGCGACAGGAUCAAUUUUGGUUUUAGCUUUUUUAAGAAACUUGAAUGCUUUUAUAUUUUAACUUUUAGUUUGUAAUUUCUUUGGUGUAUAUUUUACUAGGUAUGAGCUUUUAAACAGGUGUCAGAAAUCUGAAAUACUUUUUAAAUAAAAGGAGUUUUUUGUUUUGUUGGUUUUUUUUUUUUUUGCCUGCCAGAGAAAAAACUGUAUGGAAAAAAAGGUGGCUUUUUGUUAAACUAUUUGUAACAAAUAGUGGCCUCUCAGUCUAUAUAAUACAGUGUCCUAUAGAACUAAAUAAAUGUAACAACAGUCAGCUGGUCAGUAGACAUGUUAGUCUUGCAUCAUCUACUUUGUAAACAUAAGCAAUACAUCCAGCAAAUCUGACUGCAGUGAGUUCUCCUUCUCACCCAUUCCCCUUCUCCUUGUAAAAAGCCCAGCACUUGAAUUAUUACUUCAAUUGUUCUGUAUUUGUAUCUGUUUUUGUUAGCCUGUUAGUGGGAUUUUAUGCCAGUUGUUGAAAUGAGCAUUGAUGUACCCAUUUUUUAAAAUAGUAAGGCACAGCCUUUGCCAAAAAUACUGUCAACCUUUUUUUUUUUUUUUUUUUUGUCAUUCCAGUUUGAGUUAAUGUGCUGAGCAUUUGUUUUUUAAUAAAAGCUUUGUAAUAAAA